AGAAGGCAGCUUUGACUGUCGUAUACAAUAUGUGCAGCCAUACAACUGCCAGUUAAAUGACCUACAGAGAAGAAUCAAAAGUGUCCAGGUUUAUAGAGCUGAAUGAUGGUUCAGAAAUGCCACUGUUGGGUCUGGGGACAUGGAAGCCCUCCGAUCUUCCCCAUACCUCACUUCAGGGUGCAGUAGAAGCUGCCAUUGCUGCUGGGUAUCGCCACAUUGACACUGCCUUCUGUUAUGGCAAUGACGUGGAGAUUGGCAAGGCUGUCCGCUCAAAGAUACAGCAGGGCAUCAUCAGGCGCCAAGACAUGUUUAUUGUCAGUAAGUUGUGGUGUACCCAUUAUAAACCAGAAGACAUCCCACUGUGCCUCAAUAAAUCCUUGACAGACCUCCAGCUGGAUUACCUGGAUCUCUACCUCAUGCAUUUCCCUUUUGGACUCAAGAAAAUGGGUGAGGAACAUUUCCAAAGGAAGGAUGGGCAGAUUGAAACUUCAGAAAUUGACUGUAGAGAUGUAUGGAGGGGAAUGGAAGCACUGCAAGCUUCAGGUAAAGUAAGGAGCAUCGGUGUAUCCAACUUCAAUAUUAUGCAGUUGAAGAGACUUCUUCCUUUUUGCAAAGUACCUCCUGCAGUCAAUCAGGUGGAGUUACAUCCACACCUGACACAGCCUGAGCUGAUAGAGUUCUGUAAAUCCAGGAAAAUUGCCAUGACAGCUCACAGCCCAUUUGGCUCACCUGCAAGAUCACCACCAUUAAAAGACAACGAUCCACAUCAACUCCGAGAUGACCUAUUAAUUGCAGAUAUAGCAAGGAAAUACAAACGCAGCCCUGCACAGGUAUUGCUGAGGUACCAUGUACAGCAAGGUAUUGCAGUCAUCCCGAAUAGUGACAAGUCCCACCAUAUUCUUGAAAACACAAAGAUUUUUGACUUCAGUCUCAGAGAAGAAGACAUGACAGCACUGAGAGGAUUGGAACGAGGGUUGAGGGGCCUCAAACUUGAGGAAAACAAGACUAAGCCCUAAUCCCGAAUAAGGCUUAAACCCCUAUUUUACUGGUGGAGAAGUCGUCGAGACUGCCGAGACUGAUUAGUCGCGGCGACUCUGGGACCCGGGAAACAAAAAUGUUUUUGCACUGUCACCUGGAAGAUGUCUGGGAGACUUCUCCAGACAACAUGACAACCAAUUGACCCGGAGGUCGCUGAUAUAGCCUUAUAUACACUAUAUUAAUUCUUCAAAACAAUAUAUGAUGUAUAUUACGUGUGUUUGUGUGUAUAUGUGUUUUUGUGUGCUCCGCGCUUAGCCGCCACAGCGUGGACACCAGGAUAGUCCUCUGAUGAGGAAAACGCUUUAACCUCCAUAAAAUCCAAAAUAUUUGGGCGAUCAGAGGUUGAAGUGGGCAUAUGUAGAGAUGUGCACAUUAUUAGUUUUUUGUUUUGUUUUGUUUUUUUACAUUAGGCUACAUCAAGGUUUUUCUCUAUAAGGAGCAUAUAGAGGAGUCUCCAAAAGUUCUCCAAUUAAAUUUAACAUGUUCGAUUUCACCGCCAUCGUGGUCCGGGGUCAUGGUUCGGGGUCGCUUGUGCCACAUGGUGAUGCAACAAUGGAAAAAGUGGGAAGGGGGAGGUUUUGGCCGGAGUUGAGCGCCGUAGCUGACGAGAUGUUAGCCAGGAGGAGAGAGAAAGAGAAGAAGGGAUGUUGAGGCUUUUUGUGCCAACUGUGGCGGGGGGGAAAGACCACACCCAUCAACCCGGGUUUCCAUGUUAAAUUUUGUUCUACAAACCCAAUUGCAAUGAAGUUGGGCUGUUGUG